AUGGUCGUAGUUCCCGAAGAUUCUUGUGAGGUUGACGGUGGGACUAGGAACCACAGGUUGCUGCUUGAGAAAUCUCAGGUUAUCACCGGUGAACAGCCUGGAAAUUCUUUAGCUAUCACUGAUAUUCCUAAGAAAAAUGUUUACCCUGAAGAUCAUGAAGUUUACUUCUCCAAGAUUUCAUCACAGAAUUCUUCAAUACGACAAAUAAGGCAGGAUCCAAAUCCUCCUUUUUUGUCAAAUUUUAAACAAGAUGGUUUGGCAACACAUACAUUAUACAACGGAUCUAAAUUUCAAGGGUUUCAAAAGUCACAGGGAAAUUCCUAUGAUGUUGAAGUAAUUUUGCAGCAUAUCGACGUGGAUAAUUCCUUUUUAUGUGGUUAUUUAAAAAUUAGCGGUUUAACUUUUGAAUUUCCUACAUUAACAACGUUCUUUGAUGGAGAAAUUAUAUCUCAGAAAUAUCCUUUUCUGACAAGAAAAUGGGAUGCUGAUGAAGAAACGGAUAAAGCGCAUUGGAGCAAAUUUAAAGCAUUUGAAGAAUACCAAGAAACGUUCAACUCCGAUAGUUUUGAUUAUAGCACUUUGGCGAAGAGCGACUAUGUCUUUAUGCGUUGGAAGGAGCAUUUUCUUGUACCUGAUCAUACAAUACGAGAUAUUAAUGGUGCAUCAUUCGCUGGCUUUUAUUACAUAUGUUUUACCAAAUCAACUGGAAAAGUAGAAGGAUAUUAUUACCAUAGAUCUUCAGAGUUAUAUCAAUCUAUUGACCUUAAUCAUGUUGAAGAAAAAUGUAUUCAAGUAUAUGAAUUUAGAUAAAUACAAUACCCACUAAAAAUCAUUUUGUGGAACAAAAAUACUCUACAAAAAUUUUAAAA